AUGUCCAAGGAAAGGGAUUUUCUUAUCUUUCAGUUGGGAACAGAAGAAGAACAGACCCAAGUCACCCCUGACAUAUGUGAAAAAAAAGAAGCAGCUCUUGAAGUGGACUACAGCUCCCUGGGGAGGACUUGAAGAGAACUCAGAUCUUUGGAUAAAGUUGACGCCCAGCUCAACGUCCUCCUGCAACAAGGAGAAGCUCAGGAGGACGUCUCACUGAAGACGGCUGCCCCCAGCCUGCGAGCUCUGGAGACCUCGAAGCCUAUCGGAGACAGGUUUCAGGAGUCCACCGACGGUUUUGAGGCCAGCAGAAAGGAAGCCAGAACAUUUAGGCAAGAGUUUGAACAGGUGAAGAGGAGGCGAUGGGACUUUCUCAGCCAGUGUUCAGAGCACGUCUUGAUCUCAGUUGAUCAAACCUACAAGCAGCUCUGCUGAAACGCCAGAGCUCAAACACUUCUGAGCCCAGAGAACCCCAAGGCACCUUAUUUGGAGGGGAUUAGCUACAACUGUGUGAUGCCAGGCAAACGGUUGAUGCCAGUGACAGUCUGUCAGGGAGAGAAGUGGGCAGCCGCAUGGGCCCUCCUGUUCACUGAGCACAGCUUCCGGCCAGCUCCAUUCUUUGUCUUGGAUGAAGUGGACGCAGCCCUGGGCAAUACUAACAUUGGCAAAGGAAGUUUCUUGCUGCUUUUGACUCUGACCAGCAGAGAUAAGAGUUCAAGGUUCACUCCCAACGGGCAAGAAAACGGGAAGAAGCACCAACAGGCCCGUUAG